GUUUUGAAUCGAAUUGGUGGGAAUUGUGUACGUAGAUUACACACGCAGUUAGAGCGGGACGCAAAACGUCUUCAAGAAUCCCUAAAUGACGAGAACUGGAUCGCGGUGUAUCGGUAUCCACGAAUACGAUUUGCUGCGCUACUUGCCAGAGCCAAGCUCCUUCAGACAGUUGUCACAGUGUUGUACUUGCCUUAUUCCUCAUAUCAAUACCUUGUUGGACACGUCGAUGCAACGUGGUUCUAUUCAACGGCAGCACUCGCUUUUUUGGCCCCUGUCCUGCUUGCAGUGUUUAGCAGGUAUUUGAAUAGACUUAUUGGAGUAAUAGCAAUGAACGAAAGCAACGAUUACGUCAGAAUUGGAUACUUGUCCUUCUGGGGUGCACGAAGGAAUAAAUAUUUGGAGAUUGACGAUGUGCUCCCAUUAACUGAGGUGGCCGGUAGCAAAAACGAUGCGUUGGUCAAAUUCUCUUGGUUUGGAGGGAACAACUUUCUACUAAAUCUAACACUUACAAAGACGUUCAAUUAUUGUUGGACGAACAUAUCAGCAAAAUUGUUAUUUCUGGACAUCUCAACCUAUACCAAAUAA